UCACUCAGGAAGGAAGCGAGUGACAGACAGUGUCUUACAUAAAGUACUCCUCUGUUUAUGAGCAUGUGCGUAAAUCAGAUGCCAGUUGUUUUUAAAGAAGUUAUUUGAUCCGUCCAGAUAAAGACCAAAUGAGGAAUAUCAAUCGACAGAAAUCAUGCAGGCUCUGGUUAAGCCAAUGAGAAAAACAUGGAGCCAAAGAGUGAUGGUGAUAAAACAGAUGAUGUCUCUCAAGGGUCCGUUUCCUCUAUACAGUCUGCAGUUCAUCAUUUUCAUCCCAACUACACCGCUCAGAGUGGAGGCAAUGUGGUCGCUCCCUCCAUUAUUGGCUCUAACAUUGGCAACAUAAACAUCAAUAUCAUCUCAACAGGCCAAGGAUCUAUUACUUCAUCAAAAGAAGCAUUUAAUCAUGACACUGCAGACAGCUGUGCUACCCUGAAAAACCAAAAAAACAGGGUCGCAGAAUGUCAACAGAACCUGAAAGCUGCUCUGAAGAGAAGGUUCAGUCACUUGCUUGAGGGGAUGACGACAGAAGCAAACAAGAUAUCUCUCAAUAAGAUUUACACUGAGCUCUACAUCACUGAAGGAGGAAGUGGUGAUGUCAAUAAUGAGCACGAGGUGAGACAAAUCGAAACAACAUCCAGGAUACAUGUGUCCCAGGAAAAAUCAAUCCACUGCAAUCACCUCUUUGUUCCUCUGCAUGGACAAGACAACCUCGUAAGAACUGUGAUCACAAGGGGGGUCGCUGGCAUUGGAAAGACCGUAUCUGUCAAUAAAUUCACUCUAGACUGGGCUGAGGGGAGAGAAAACACCAACCUGGAAUUUGUAUUUCCUCUCUCUUUCCGAGAGCUCAACCUGAUGAGAAAGAAAACCUUCAGUCUAGUUCAGCUUCUUGACGUAUUUUUCCCUGAAACAAAAGACACAGAAAUCUUUGUUAAUAGUUCAAACAAAAUACUCUUCAUCCUGGACGGUCUGGACGAGAGCCGCUUGUCUUUGAACUUCCACAAAAGUGAAAUAAUGUCUGAUGUGACACAGGAAACCAGGAUAGAUGUGCUUCUGACCAACCUCAUCAGGGGAAGACUGCUUCCUUUGGCUCUUGUUUGGAUAACAUCUCGUCCGGUAGCUUCCAGUCAGGUCCCUCUGGAGUACAUUGAUCUGGUGACAGAGGUGCGAGGGUUCAACAAUCCACAGAAAGACGAAUACUUCAGGAGGAAGAUUAGUGACGAGAGCUUAGCGAACAGAGUCAUCACACAUGUGAAAUCCUGCAGGAGUCUUCACAUCAUGUGCCACAUACCAGUCUUCUGCUGGAUGGCAGCAAGUGUUCUUGAGAAGAAGUUGGUGAUGACAGACGGUAAUGACACGCCAAAGACUCUCACUCAAAUGUACAUACACUUCUUGUCCUUUUUUGUGGACAACAUAAAGGAGAGGUUGCCUGGAAGAAGAGAGUCGAACGCUGACUGCUUGAGGGAUAACCUCAUGUCACUGGGUAAACUGGCCUAUAAAGAGCUUGAGAAGGGCCACUUGAUCUUCUAUGAGAGGGACCUCAUCCUGAACGAUAUAAAAGUCACACAAGCGUCCAUGUUCUCAGGCAUCUACACACAGAUCUUCAAUGAGGAGCUGACAGUAUGCAAGGAAAAGAUGUUCUGCUUUGUGCAUUUGAGCAUCCAGGAAUUCUUUGCUGCGUUGUACGUCCACCUCAUGUUCAACAACGACAACUUCAACGUCUUGACCAAGAAGCCGUCCUCUUCAAGACGUUUCCCAUUCAGAGAUUCAUCAGAGCUCAUUCUCUACAAGGAGGCAGUAGAAAAGGCUUUACGGUGUGAAAAUGGACAUUAUGACAUCUUUCUUCGCUUUCUUUUGGGCUUGUCUCUGGAAUCCAAUCAGACUCUGUUGAAACCUCUGAUGACCAGCAACAGAACAAACCACAAAACAAGAACGGAGAUCAUCAAACACAUAAAGGAGAGGAUCAGGGCAAGUCCAUCCCCAGACAGAUGCCUCAAUCUGUUUCACUGUCUGAAUGAGCUGAACGACCGUUCUCUUGUGGAUGAGAUUCAGAACUACCUCAGAUCGGGCAGUCUUAACAAGGUCAAACUUUCACCUGCCCAGUGGGCCACUCUGGUCUUUGUACUGCUGACAUCAGAAGAAGAGCUGAGUGUGUUUCAACUGAGCAACUACACUCGGUCAGAGGAAGGUCUUCUGAGGCUGCUGCCCGUUGUGAAAAACGCCCGAGAAGCAAAUCUGAAUGCAUGUAAUCUCACUGUGACCUGCUGUGAAGUCCUGGCAAAUGGCAUCAGCUCAUCCCAACUCAGAGAGCUGGACCUGGGCAACAACAACCUGACAGAUGCAGGAAUAAUAAAACUUUCAGGUGGACUAAAGAACAGCAAACUGGAGGCCCUGAGACUGAGGAGCUGCAACCUAACAGGGCACAGCUCUGAUGUCCUGGCUUCAGUUAUCAGCUCAGCCUCCUGCCUGCUGAAACUACUGGACCUCUCUGACAAUGACUUACUGGACGAAGGAGUCAAAAAGCUCAGUGGUGGACUGGCUAGUCCUCACUGUAAACUGGAAAUACUCAAUUUGUCCCUGUGCAGACUAACAGAAGAAAGCUGCAUUUUCCUGGCAUCAGCUUUGAACUCAUCCAGUCUGAGAGAGCUCGACCUGAGCUACAACCACCCAGGAAGCUCAGGUCUGGAGCUGCUGUGCGCUCUGCGAGACGACCCCCAAUGCAGCCUGCAGAAACUCAGUGUGGAGCAGUGCGGUGAAUCCAGGAUUCAACCUGGUCCAAAGAAAUAUACCAAAAAACUCUCCCUGGAUCCAAACACAGCACACAGAGACCUUUCUCUGUCCGAAGAAAACAGGAAAGCGACACGUUGGACCAAGCAGCCAUAUCCAGAUCACCCAGAAAGGUUUGAUUUCUGGACACAGGUGUUGUGCGAGGAGGGACUGACUGGUCGCUGCUACUGGGAGACAGAGUGGAAUGGGAGAGCUUUCAUUGGAGUGGCCUACAGAAGGAUGUGCAGGAAGGGAAAGGAUCACGACAGCUGGUUGGGCAAAAAUGAGUCUUCCUGGGGUCUAAACUGCAACAAAGAUGGCUACAAGAUCUGGCACAAUGGCAUGGACACUGCUGUAACCAUCCCAACCAGCUCCAAUAAAGUGGGAGUCUAUCUGGACUGGUCAUCAGGGAAACUGUCCUUUUUCAUGGUCUCCUGUGGUGCACUGACCCUUCUCCAUACCGUCCAUACCACCUUCACUGAGCCGGUCUACCCAGGGUUUUGGCUCGGCUGGGUCGAGUCCACAGUGUACUUGUGCUAAAAAUUCCCUUAAUACCGUGGACAUUUAACAUAAUGUAAUAAUUUCCUUGCUCCUGCUCCUGCCCCAGAUAAGAAAAAACAUGUUUGCAGGUAGUUUAAGGUUUAUUUGCCCCGGGUUAGAGGUCUCUCAGACUUCUGCCCCAAUACUAGACCCAAACAAAUACUGUUUUUAAAGCUGGAAUGAUACUGUUAUUAUAAAAUGUUGUACAGACGUUCAUGGUUCCCAGAGGAUGAAUGCUUCUCUGAUUUGUUCUGUAGCACCACCAUAAGGUUGACAUUUGUGGUUUUGAGUGAAAUCACGUUUUAUGUUGCCUCUCAUGAUGAAUUGUUAUCUCAUGAUAAACGUUUGUGAUCCCUCAACAUUUCAUCUAGCACCAUCAAGUGUAAAUUGUAUAUUUUCUAUUUUUUGCAGUACCUGUACUAUGUCUGACAAGAACAUGUAUGUCGCAACAUACAAUAUCUUGGCCAUAAACCUGAUCAAUCAGA